AUGCUGAGGGCCGAGGGCGGAGGCCGGCCCCGCUCGCCCCCCGCCGCCCCCUCCGACAUGGCCCUCUACUGCGGGGGCGACAACCUCGGCGUCUACCCGGCGGCCCGGGGCCCCUACGCCGCCGCCGCCGCCGCCGCCAACCCCUACCUGUGGCUCAACGGGGCCGGAGGGGUGGGCGGCUCGACCCCCUCCUACCUGGGGCCGCCCCCGGCGGGCCCGGGGCCCGGGCCGCCCGGCGGCCCCUUCCUGCCCCCGCCCCCCCCGGGACCGGCCGGCGGCGCCGGCGCCGCCGCCUCCGGGCCGCCCUCCGGCUUCGGCUGCCCCCCGCGCCCCUUCGCGGGCCCCGGGGCCCCCGCCGGGUCGCCGUCGCCCGUGGGCGAGCUGGGCUGGCUGUCGCUGGCCAGCCAGGAGGAGCUGCUGAAGCUGGUGAGGCCGCCCUACUCCUACUCGGCCCUCAUCGCCAUGGCCAUCCAGAACGCCCCCGACCGCAAGCUCACCCUCAGCCACAUCUACCAGUACGUGGCCGACAGCUUCCCCUUCUACAAGCGCAGCAAGGCCGGCUGGCAGAACUCCAUCCGACACAACCUGUCGCUCAACGAUUGCUUCAAGAAGGUCCCGCGCGACGAGGACGACCCCGGAAAAGGCAAUUACUGGACUCUGGACCCUAACUGCGAGAAGAUGUUCGACAACGGGAACUUCCGACGCAAGCGAAAGCGCCGUUCGGAGCCCGGCGCAAACUCCGCGAUGGCGAGCGGGGCGCCCAGACAGGAGGAAGGGCGACCUCCGGGCCCCGCAGCUGCAGGGAAGUCGGUGCCCGGGGACAACAGCCCUCAUUCCUUGCUGGGGUCUUCCCCAUCCCCAGAGCCUCCGGACGAGGCCAAGGGGAGCACCUCGCCAUCCGGAGGCCCCUUGCUCUCCUCCACCCCGUGCCUCAACUCCUUCUUCGGGAGCCUCGGCGCCCUAAGUGCCGGGGGCGCGGGGGUGAGCCACCAGCGAGGGCUCCCGGGCGGUCGCCACUUAGGGCUGGCCGGGAGCCUGCCCGGGGAACUGCACCCGCGGAGCCUCCAGGGGGUCUACCCGCCCAGCAGCUCGCUCCCAGAAGCGCCACCCGACGCUGGGCACCUGGGCACCGGCGGAAACAACGGCGGCAGCGGCAACAGCCAGCGACCCUCCUCCUCAUCCUCCAACUCCUCCUCAUCCUCUUCCUCCUCGUCUACCUCUUCCUCCUCCUAUUACAGCCCCUUUCCCGGGCAGAGCAGCCACUUCGCCAACCCCUUCUACAAUAGCUUCAGCGUCAACAGCCUCAUCUAUCCCCGGGAGGGCUCCGAGGUGUAGGUCCGAGGAAAAGGUGGCCGGAGAGGCGAAGGCCGUUUCCCAGGCAGCUCUGCAGGCAGGUUCGGUGGCCCAUCUGGACACCCGUAGAAGGACCACCGGAGACACGGUUUUAAUAAAAAGAAAACCACCUAACGAAAUAGAAUAAUCAAAGCCUUGCAUCGCCUCCCCUUUGCUUUCUCUCCCAACCACUACUCAGCCCAGGACAGCCUUCUUGCAAAUGCACGGAUUAGUAACUGUGGAGACGAUCACUCUACUUUGCCCUGAGGAGCAAACGUAGGCGAGACGCGAGACAUUAGCUUCCGAGACCAGAAAAGGGCCAGGGGAGGGAGGGUUACCUGCCUCCUCGUCGGUAGAAACGUUCUUUCCAGUGCCCUGAUUUUAGGAGGAAAAUGAAGAUGUUUCUUCCAAAGUGCCUUUGACCUUGUCAUUCCCCAACUCAACUUCACCAAAGAGGCCAACUGUCCUCAGGAGCGGGCAUCAAGGAACUGACCUGAGGGUGCGUGGGUGUUUUUGUUUUUUUUUUAAUGAAUUUUUGUAUGUACCACUCUGUAAAUAAUUUCUAUACGGUUUUAUAUUUUGUAAAUUAAGUGUUGAAAGUUGUACUUAUUUAUAAUUUUGAACAGGGAUAAAAUUUAUUUUUUUCCUUAAAAAAAUUCCUACGAAUUUCUUCAGGCUGAUGAGAAUCAAGUGGAAUAAACUCUUCCCCACGUUGGGUGUUCUCUA